ACGAGUUUACGAGUUUACGACGACACACGACGAUCUAAGAUUCAAAACAUGCGUUCGACCAUUCGCGACAAGGUUGUUGUAUCGAGGCCGUCGAGGAGAUGAUCUGCGGAACAACGCUACGAGGCUCCGCGACCGUUGUAGGUUCCCUGUCGCGGGUCUGGCUCGGACGGCGGAGCCCGGCGAGUCUGGGCAGUCGCAUCUGCCGCACCGUCGCUUACGCCACCGCGACCGAAGACCCGAACCGGGGCCCUCGACGCCACCGUCUCCGGACCGUCCUCUUGACCGGCACCGCGACCGCGGGUCUCCUAGUCGGAUGGGGAACUUCUCGAGCCCACGCCAAGCAAGAACCGAAGAGCCGUGCCGACGAUCCGGUGCCCGGCCUCCCGGAGUACUCGGCGGACGACGUCGCGCGACACGCCACCAAGGAGGACAGGAUCUGGGUGUCGUACAAGAGCGGCGUCUACGAUGUCACCGACUUCGUGGACAUACAUCCUGGCGGGGACAACAUUCUGCUAGGGGCCGGCGGAGGCAUCGACCCCUUCUGGAACCUCUACGCGGUCCACAAGACUCCGGAGAUUCUGGGGAUGCUGGAGGGAUUCCGCAUCGGCAACCUCAAGGCCAGUGACGUCGGCGCGGCGACGGCCGGUAUCGACGACCCGUACGCAACCGACCCCAGGAGACAUCCCGCGCUCAAGCCGGCUUCGGUGAAGCCGUUCAACGCGGAGCCUCCGCUGACCAUCCUCGCGGACAACUACAAGACUCCCAAUGAGCUGUUUUAUGUGCGGAACCACCUGCCAGUCCCUGAUGUCAACCCCGAGGAUUAUGUGCUAGAAGUGGAGAGCAUCGAUGGUGAAUCUCAGGUGCUGACCCUCGAAGACAUCAAGACCAAGUUUGAGAAGGUGACCAUCACGUCGGUCGUGCAGUGUGCCGGCAACCGUCGCUCCGAGCUGAACAAGGUGAAAAAGGUGAAGGGUUUGGAAUGGGGCCCAUGCGCCAUUGGCAACGCCACCUGGUCGGGGGCGCGACUGAUUGACGUCCUGCACCACCUGGGAAUGGACACGGAUGACCCCCGCAUCGAGCACGUGGUCUUCGAUGGGCUCGACCUGGACCCCACGGGGAACCCGUACGGUGCUUCGGUGCCCGCCCACAAGGCCCUGAACCCCAAGGCGGAUGUCAUCCUCGCGUACGAGAUGAAUGGGGAGCCGCUGCCCCGCGACCAUGGAUUUCCCAUCCGGGCCAUUGUGCCUGGCGUGGUCGGCGCGCGCAAUGUCAAGUGGCUCGGCAGCAUUCGGCUCAGCGCUGAAGAGAGCAGCAGCUUCUGGCAACAAAAUGACUACAAAGGCUUCUGCCCGUCAACCGACUGGGACACCGUGGACUUCAAGAGUGCACCAGCCAUCCAGGAGCUGCCCAUCACCUCAGUGGUGUGCAGUCCCACUGAGGGGUCCACGGUCAAGCUGAAGGGGAACAAGCUGCCAGUUAAAGGCUACGCCUGGAGCGGGGGAGGCCGCAGAGUGGUGCGCGUCGACGUCAGCGCUGACGGCGGGCAGACGUGGGUGCCCGCCCAGCUGCACAGCGAGGACGACACGCUCCACAAGGCGUGGGGCUGGACCCUCUGGCGGGUGGACCUAGAAGUGCCCCCCGGAACUGCGGAGCUCCAGCUCGUCUGCAAGGCCGUGGACUCGUCAUACAAUGCGCAGCCCGAGAACGCCGAGGGCGUCUGGAACUUGCGGGGCGUGCUCAACAAUGCGUGGCAUAGGGUCCGCGUGAAGGUUCAGGCAGAGGAGGGGGGUGCAAGUAAACACAAAAUACAAUAGUUUUAUAAGUUUGAGGCAACAUCAGCUCCACACGAGCACGCGCUCGACGAAGCUUCGAGAGACGUGGCGCUGGUCCAACUUGGGGAAGUAGUCCGGGUAGAUGGACGAACAGUGGAAGCCCAGUAUCUCCAACGGGUGGCGGUUCACCUGCCGGAGUCUGCACCAAACACCGAAAGGUGUGGCAUUUAUACGGUCCUCGCACGCCGGUCGCGUCACCGUUAUCCCCUGGCGUACUAGAACGUUGGGCAGGAAGAAUUUAGGGAAAUAAAUAGAAUGCACUCGGGUCGAGGAGAAAGGCAGAAACAAGUACGACACACACAGUGCUCCAUGUGUCGCACUUGUUUCUGCCUUUGUCCUUGUCCUUAGCCGAUUUUAUUUAUUUCCCUGGACAAGAACCGAUUAGCCCGCCAAAAGGUGUUACUAGGAAGAAUUUGUACAAAUUCGUUCUGCACCUGUUUGACUUUUCUGAUACAUUUCCUUUGUAUUUACACGUGUUCGAGGCAGUCUCAAAGUAAGCAUUUCUAGUUUUAUAGGAAACAUAGCCUUAUUUACAACAUGGCUUAGUCAGGCUGUAUACCCAGGUUGUCUUUUGUAGACACUGAUGCCAUGCUACGAAGUCAGACCCAUCAGGUUGCAUUGUUUGUAUAGUAGCACCUUGUUGGUGCAUCACCUCAAUUAAAGUACAAAAUUUUCCACAUUGCAAAUGCUAUCAACAUUGCUGCACAAUCCAGGGAAUAUUCACUCAGUGCAUGCCACAAUUCUUGCAAGGAUGGCAACAUGGAGCACAAUCUUGUUAUUGUAUGAAUGUCCGCUACAUUUUGGAGACACUCUUAAAUCUUGCCUUGGGUAAUUAUUGGACUGCCCAGAGUUUGUUUCUUGACUCACACGUCAUAAAGACUCAAUCUACUGCUGAAUUUUCUCUUUUCACAUGUCGCAAUAUCUACACGUCGAACAUUAUCAGCUCUGAUGUACCAUUAGUCAGCGUGCAGCAUGACUUGAUUUUUGGGUUAGAGGCACAAAAAAUAGUCAUUACUAUUUAUACUGUGAUCGUCAACUCUCCCAACCGAGUUUUCAGCAAAUAGGAUGCUGCUUAAGGCUCGUAGGGUCCUACCGCACUGCUCGAAUUCGGUCGUGGGUAGGGGUCUGUCCAUCUGUUUUGAGGUUUGUUUCACAAAGUUGGGCUAGUAUUAUUUUCUGUGGCGAUUGUUGCAGCGGGAGGGCUGCUUCUUUCACAACUUUCUUCUGAUAGAUCCUUAAUAGUUGGAAGUACUGGUAGAUCUACUGGGUGUUAAUAAAGCUCCAGUUUUCUGGAAAA